UGUUUACGGUGGGAGAGAGGGUAAAGGGGUAAACGUCUGGGACAGCUGGGAGGAAAGGUGGGUAGAGAAGCGAGUGAGGAGACUUCGUGUUGGCGCCUCAUCCUUCUGAGUCCGGGGUCCACGGAGCUUGGCGCUGGCGGGGAAGCCUGGCAAUUCCGCCUUACUUCGCUCUGUAUGAGGGAAACCCCUCAGAGGGUAGCUUCCUUUCUAAUUUUUGUCAUAUUCUUUCGCCUCUGAAAGUUCUCAUCCCUGGGAGAAAAAAGUCACUCCUGAAAUGUUAGCUUCCAUGAAGAGGCUAAGGUAUUCAGUUAGUCGGUGGUACCUUGGGACCCUGGAUAGAAAUUAAAAUUACCACUGAUGUUUGUAAAAUAUUGUUUAUCGUCAUACUGUGUGACAGAUUGUGACUUAAAAAAAUUUUUACUGAUGGGAUCACAGUCUGGGUAGGAUGCCGCAGUAAGAAUGGGCCAGAUGGUUUCAUGUGAUUAUUGGUUAGCUUUUGCUUAAGUACUUAUUUUAUAUUAAAAGGCGUUUGGUUUGACGUUCUUCCCGUUUUCUUAGAUUUUAAGCAACCUUAAACUAGUAUGACUGGAGUCAAUGAUUUAGAUUAAACUAUUUUUGAGUGUUUUGAAUCCUGAAAGAAACUUAUCAAAAUUGUGUGUAUAUAUGGACUUAACUAAAAAAUCUACAGCCAUAACCACGUGGGAUUUAGCAGACACAUAAGAGGAAGGAGUUAAUUUCUGUCUCUUGCUACAGUUCCUUAUUAAGAGGGUGGUUCUGGCCUAAGCCACCUACAUAGGUUUUUACUGAUGAUACACAGUGAAUGUGUGAAACUCACAAGGAAUACGUGUUAGGUGAUUCAGUUUGUGUAAGAUGUAUUUCUUUUCCAGAAUGUAGACUGUGUGCCAUAUGGCUAGUACCCUGGGGAUGAAGAUUAAAAAAACUGAAGGGGAUUGAAUAUCCUGUGACGCAUUUGAAAAAGGCUUAAGGGACUUCGUUACAAGAGCUUAUGAUUUAUGUUCUUUGUUUACUUGGGAACGAUCCAUGAAUUUUUUGAAGUUACAGGAGAAGAAUGGCACUUGUUAUUUGAUGAACUUCAUUUACUUCCCUGAGUCACUUCAACUAUGGCUUUUUUUCUUUUUAAUUAUAGCAUGAUAGUUUGAUUUAAUAAUACCUAAUAUGUUUAGUUUGUAAUUAUCUUAUUUUUAUUUAUUUUGCUGAUUCUGUGUUUUAGUUUUAAAUUUGAGUUUUCACAUGGGUGAGAUACUUUGUGAAUAGAAAAGCGUAUCUACUGGAGUCUUCAGGCAACCAUUUAUUUACAGGUCAGAACCAUGUUUUUAUGAAAUUAAGGGAAAGCAGUGAUGAAUUCCAUAGAAGUCUUACUCUAACAAUUAGUUAUGUAACUUAAACAUCUUAAAAUAAUAAAUUUCACGAUUCCUGAUCUGAAAAUAAAGCUGAUUAUCCUAAGGCAUAUGUGACUGUGAAAAAUAGUAUUAUUUAUAUACGUGUUUUGGAUCACAGUGAGUUUUAGUCUAUUCUACAUCAUUCUUGGCACCCUUACUUUUUAAAACAAUUUUUAAAAAUUUAUUUAUUUAUUUUUGGCUGCGUUGGGUCUUCAUUGCUGCGUGUGGGCUUUCUCUAGUUGCGGCGAGCGAGGGCUACUCUUCCUUGUGGUGCGUGGGCUUCUCAUUGUCAUGGCUUCUCUUGUUGCGGAGCAUGGGCUCUGUGCACGCAGGCUUCAGUAGUUGUGGCGCAUGGGCUCAGUAGUUGUGGCUCACGGGCUCUAGAGCACAGGCUCAGUAGUUGUGGUGCUCGGGCUUAGCUGCUCCGUGGCAUGUGGGAUCUUCCUGGACCAGGGCUUGAACCCGUGUCCCCUGCAUUGGCAGGCGGAUUCUUAACCACUACACCACCAGGGAAGCCCCGGCACCCUUACUUUUAACUGGUAGAAAAUGGAUGAAAAUCAAGAAACUGAUUCAAAAGGUAGUGAAGAAUAUGAAGAUGACUUUGAAAAGGACCUGGAAUGGUUGAUUAAUGAAAAAGAAGAAAAUGGUGCCAGCGUAAUAGAGAAGGUUUGUGGGAAUGAAGAGAAUAUUAACCAAGGCUUAAAAGAGAAUGAAACAGAAAUAGAACAUUCCAAGCAGCUUUCUGAUUCUGACAGAUCUUUCAAGGAUGAGGUUUCAUCAAUAAGAAAUGACUUCAUUUCUGUACCGAGUAUUCAACCUUUGGAUCCCAUAUCAGAUUCAGACAGUGAAAACUCUUUACAGGAAUCCAAACUAGAAAGCCAGCAAGACCUGGAGGAGGAAGAGGAUGAGGAAGUAAGGAGAUAUAUUAUGGAGAAAAUUAUACAAGCCAACAAGCUUCUACAAAAUCAAGAACCUGUGAAUGAUAAAAGGGAAAGAAAACUUAAAUUCAAAGACAAAUUAGUUGAUUUGGAAGUUCCUCCUCUGGAAGACACUGAUACUUACAAAAAUUAUCUUGAAAAUGAAAGUAAUGUGUCUGGAAAACUGUCUCAGUUAUGUAUUUCCAAUGAAUUUGCACAAGAAAAUGUGCUCCUGUCGCCUACUGAUGGAAAUUCUGAAGAAAACAAGGAUAGGAAAAUACUAGUAGAGAGAGAUGGAAAGUUUGAACUUCUGAAUUUACAAGACAUUGAGAGUCAGGGGUUUUUGCCCCCCAUUAAUAAUGCUAAUUAUACAGAAAAUGAGCCUCAGCAGUUGUCACCCAGAUCUCCCAAUUUAUCUGUCAGUGGAGUCAAGAAAGAAGAGCCAAUAGCAAAAAUUCAUGCUCUGGCUCACUCAUCAACAGAAGAGCAACUGGCUUAUAUCCCUCAGCCACCACCCAACCCCAAGACUCAUCCAGGUUCUGCUGCCAACUCAGAUCGAAGUAAGGGGAAUGGAAAAUCUAGUCAUAGGACACGGUCUGCAGAUGUAUCUCCAGUGACCUCAACAUACUGUCUCUCUCCUCAACAGAAAGAACUGCAAAAACGACUAGAACAAAAGAGAGAAAAGCUAAAGAGAGAGGAGGAACAAAGGAAAAUAGAAGAAGAGAAAGAAAAGAAAAAAGAGAAUGACAUGGUGUUUAAAGCAUGGUUGCAAAAGAAGAGAGAGCAGGUCCUAGAAAUGAGGAGAAUUCAGCGAGCAAAGCAAAUUGAAGACAUGAACAGUAGACAGGAAAACAGAGAUCCACAGCAAGCUUUUCGAUUAUGGCUUAAAAAAAAGCACGAAGAACAGUUGAAAGAAAGAAAGAUAGAAGAACUGCGAAAGCAAGAGGAAUGCUUAUUCUUCUUUAAAGGAACAGAAGGCCGUGAAAGGGCCUUUAAACAAUGGCUAAGAAGGAAACGGAUAGAAAAACUAGCAGAGCAGCAAGCUGUCAAAGAAAGAACUAGACAGCUCCGACUGGAAGCAAAGCAUUCUAAACAGUUACAGUACCACCUAUAUAAUAUGUCAGAAGCCAAAUCUUUUCGUUUUACUGAUCAUUACAGCUGAAGGUAUCUAUUAAAUACUUCAUUUGGAA